AUGGCCGGCGAGGAAAAAAGCGAGAGCGGGGGCGGAGAGGAGAGGAGGGAGGGGAAAGGAAAACCGGGGCGGAGGGACCGACAACGAAGGAAACAGAAGGAAAGUAAGGGCACGACAAAGACGGCAAGGGCAGAGGAAGGACGGAGGAAUCAAGGAGCAAGGGGAAGGCGGGGGGGAGCAGGGAUGAACCAAGGGGGCGGGAGAAGGGGGCGAGAGAGCAUGGGCAGGGGCGGGAAGGCGGGCAAGAAAGGGCGGGGGGAGGGGAAAGGCCGCGCGGGAGGGGGGCGGGAUGGCGGAGAGAGGCCAAAACCCCCCGACCGGGAAGGGCGAGCAAAAAGGGGAAACGAGGGACGCUGCGGGGGACGCGAGCCGGACGCCGUCGACGACGGUGGAAGGGGGGAAGGGGAGCCGACGAUCAGCGCACAGAAAACAGAAAAACAGAGGAAGAGGCCAGGAAAAGAGAAGAAGAAGAAGCAUGCCGAAAGGAAGUAA